UCUUCAUACAGUUCUUUCACGUGAACAAAGUCUAUUGAGAAAUAGCAUCAUUCAGAACAACCAAAGUCUCUCGCCCCAACAUGCCCUUAGGCCAACGAAUAUUCAGCCGAAGGCCCGCUAACUGCGACAUACUCUGCCAGUCAUACGACGGCUCCGGAACUGGGACCGAUCCUUUUCUGGUGAAAUGGGUGGCGAACGAUCCCACCGAUCCCCAGUCCUUCUCAAAAACAAGAAAGUGGGCCAUUACCUUUCUGCUUUCUCUAUCUACCCUAUCGGUGGCGUUAGCAUCUUCGGCGUACACGAGCGCUGUGCCCCAGUUAAUCGAGGAAUAUGACGUCUCGGCGCCCACAGCCUACCUGGGUGUCUCACUUUUCGUCGUCUGCUUUGCGGUUGGGCCACUCGUUUGGGCUUCCUUGUGCGAAAUUAUGGGUCGGCAGAUUAUAUUCAUUACAACUUUCGCAGCAUUUACUGCUUUCAGCGUUGGAGCUGCAUGUUCUAAAAACAUAGAGUCACUUCUGGUGUGCCGGUUCUUUGCGGGGGCGUUCGGAUCCUCAUCACUGGUCAAUACCGGUGGCGUGCUGGCCGAUAUUUUCUCCCUCAAGGAGCGAGGCCCAGCUAUGAGUAUCUUCACGGCAAGUCUAUUCUUCGGCCCUACGCUGGGUCCAAUAAUUGGAAGCUUCAUCGAACAAACCCAAAGCUGGAGGUGGAUAGAGGGAUUCAUUGCGAUCAUGUCCGGUGUACUUUGGAUUACAGGAAGUCUGAUGAUUCCUGAGACAUAUUCCCCUGUUCUUCUACAACGGCGAGCCCAUGCGCUUUCUAGACUCACGAGCAAAGUGUAUCGAAGCAAGGCACAAGAAAACCGAAAGUCACAUUCCACACUUCUCAAAGAUGCCCUGAUUAGGCCAUGGUGUCUUCUAUUCCUCGAACCGGUCGUCAUCCUAGUUUCCACCUACCUUGCGAUUGUGUAUGGUAUCCUGUACUUGCUCUUCGCGGCAUUUCCAGUCGUUUACCGUGAGCAGCGAGGAUGGAAAGCCAGCAUCGCAUCUCUACCGUUCUUGGCCGUUCUAUUGGGGAUGUCUUUGGGAGUUGCUUAUUGCAUGAUCUAUGACCACCAACCCCCGGCCCGCGGCGAGGAACGUACGGGAAACACCAAUAACACCACGAGAAGAUUACAGCCAGCAAUAGUAGGUGCAAUAGCCAUUCCAAUAGGGUUAUUCACAUUUUCCUGGACAAAUCACCCAUCCAUCCACUUUAUUGUCAGUUGCAUUGGGUCGGCGCUCUUUGGAUUUGGCUUGGUCAACAUCUUCAUCAGCAUGAGCAACUACCUUGUGGACACAUAUUCAGUCUUUGCGGCCUCCAGUCUGGCUGCUAGUUCAGUCUUAAGAUCGAUAUUGGGUGCUGUGUUCCCUUUGUUCACGCCCGCAAUGUAUCAAGCGCUAGGGAUACAUUGGGCAUCAUCUAUUCCGAGUUUUCUCUCCCUAGCAUGUGUUCCCAUUCCCUUUUGUCUUUGGCGAUAUCAUGUUUGGCUUGGCUCAAAGUCCAGAUAUAUUAUUAAGGCUCGCGAGGUCACUGCAAAUCUACGAGGCUAGGGGCUCAGUCAGGUAUAACUUCGUUUUUCACCUAGGUUUUAUCCAACCCAGUGUGUACCUAAUCAAGUAGUAUGCUAUUAUCCUAUUUCAAACUGUCCGAAAUUUCCCUUUAUUACCCCUAUCAUUAGUGUUGGACUGGAUCGGUUCCAGUUGGAUCGGUUUAUUGGGUCGGUUUUCC